AUGAAUACAUGGGCUACUACUACUACAUCUACGCUUCCAGGUUCUCAAUACACAUCACUGGAUUGGUCGAGUUGUGAUUAUUCAAAGUCUUUUGCAUGUCGCAUUUGUUUUAGCUGCUGGCCAGCCAUGGACCUUCAACUCAUCUCAAAUCUCUGGACUUUCAGCUGUGUCAGCAUUGUCGCUCUUACUCAUUACAUCACUAUUCUUUUUGCGAAGAUUGAUGUUUGA